AUGUCGGAUAAGCAGUUGGUCGGUAAGGUGGCCCUUGUAACGGGUGCAUCUUCGGGCAUCGGCAGGGCAUGUGCUCUUUCUCUGGCGAAACAAGGUGCAAGCGUCGUGUGUUGCGAUCUGCGGGCAGAAGCAAACCCGCAAGGCUUUGAGCCAGAUCUGCAUAUCACGACACCGGAUGUUAUUUCAGGACUAGGUGGAAAGGCAAUCUUCGUUGCUGUGGACAUGGGCGACUUGAAGCAAGUGGAGAAGGCUUUCAAGGAAGCGAUUGAUAAAUUCGGUCGGCUCGAUAUUUUGAUCAACUGUGCUGGAUACUGGGCCUCUCCUUUCCGAGACUUCGUGGACGAAACCGAUGAGCUGUGGCAAAAGACAUUCGAUGUCAACACCCUUGGCGUAGCGAAGGCAUGUCGCCUCGCGAUCAGCUUGUACAAGACUAACGAAGUGGAUGAGACAUGGGGUAGCAGAGGUAGAAUCGUCAAUAUUUCGUCAUGCGCUGGACAUGUCGCUAUCAAGGGAGAGGUUGCGUAUUCAGCAAGCAAGGCUGCUCUCAAUCACAUCACAAGAGCAGGAGCUAUCGAUCAUGCUAAGGAUCAUAUCAACAUCAAUUGCGUAGCUCCAGGGAUCACUGCUACUGGCAUAUCACGAGUCAAUUUCGAGGAUGAAAACAUCAUCAAUACAUGGAAGAAGAUCAACCCUUGGCCUCGCCUUGGCAAGGCCCAGGAUAUCGCGGAUGCGGUGAUGUUUUUCUGUCUGCCCUGUAGCCAGUGGAUCACUGGUCAACUUCUUCCUGUGGAUGGUGGGUUCACUCUUGGUAUCGCUUCGUAGGCAAAACUGUUGGCAAAUACUCAGAAAGCGGAAG